CAUAAGCUUAAUUAAUUCGGUGAUGAGUUACCAUGGCCGGCAUUGGCAAGAGAAAGGGUUGAGGAACUAAAAUUCAGCUUUUUGUGGCAAUAAAAGAAGUUUGUGGGGUCAUUAAUAAUUCGAAGGUCAGUUAUGAGUCAACGCGGGCGUCGGCAAGAGAAUAGGGAGAGGAAGUCAGAUAUUGAGAAGCAAUUAGGUUCCCAGGAUGAUGGAGUUGAUUUAGGAGGAAACAAGACAAAUCUUGACCCAACGGGGGAGCUCAUUUUUAAGUGGCAUGCGAUGUUUGUAGUGUCUUGCGUGAUUGCAGUAUCAAUGGACCCUUUGUUCUUUUACCUUCCUGUCAUCAACCAAGCUGACAAGUGUGUUAGGCUAGACAAAAGAUUAAAGAUCACAGCUAUUUGUUUGCGAUCGGUCUUCGAUAUGAUUUAUUUUGCGAAUAUCAUUUUGGAAUUUGUUUGUCCUUAUAUAGACGAGGACGCUAGCCGUAUAUCUGGACGAACUGAGAUUGUUACAAAUGCUCGAUUAAUAGCAAAGAGGUACUUGAAGACGUACUUCGCAAUUGACAUCUUCGCUAUUCUUCCAAUCCCACAGGUUUCAGUUCCAAUAAUAUUUUCAAAAAUGAGCAGCUCAAAAUUUUUGGGCGCAUUGGCGGUCCUACUCGCCUUUGUUUUGUUGCAAUAUUGGCCAAGAGUUCUCCGAAUCUACCUAUCAUGGAGGAAUCUUAUCGAAAGUUCCAGAGAACUUGCUAGAAGAGUAUGGAUCAAAGCUGCAUUUUAUAUUUUUCUAUACAUCCUUGCCAGCCAUGUACUUGGUGCCUUUUGGUACUUUUUCUCUAUCCAACGAGAGACAUUUUGCUGGCACGUAGCCUGUGAAAAUCAUAUUGGAUGCGCACCAAGUUCUUUUAAAUGUGGUCGCAAUUUUGGGAAUUACACAUUUUUAGAUGAUAAUUGUCCUCCACAAUCAUCAAAUAUAACACUUGUUGACUUUGGAAUAUUUCUUGAAGCCCAUCAAUCUGGUAUUGGCUUGUCCUCAAAUAUUCUUCCAAGGAUCAUGCACUGUUUCUGGUGGGGCCUCCGAAAUUUGAGUUCUCUUGGUCAAAACCUUCAAACGAGUAGCUAUUUCUUGGAAAACUGCUUCUCAGCUUAUAUUUCGAUCUUUGGUUUGCUAUUGUUUUUGUACUUCAUCGGUACUGUGCAGACAUACAUGCAGAUAGCAACUGAGAAGUCGGAGGAGAUUACACAAAAUAUGAAACAUAAAGAAUUAGACAUAAAGUUAUGGAUGUCUAGAAACAAGCUUCCUGAUGAAAUGAAAGAGCGGAUCAUCUCUUGUAUACAGCACCGACUGAAAGAAAAUAAAGAUUUUGAUACGGAGAAACCGAUCCCUCAUCUUUCUAAUAUAAAUCUUGUAAAGGAGAUUAAGCGUCAUCUUUGCUUACCUCUGCUAAAAAAGGUGCAAAGUCUUAAUAAUGAAAGUGAAUAUCUACUGCGAUUGAUCUGCGAAUCUCUCAAGCCAUUGUACUACAAUGAGGAGAGCUAUAUUCUCCGAGAAGGAGAACCACUUACUGCGAUGCUCUUCAUCACGCAAGGCAGUGUAUGUUGCUUCAAAACUAGUAAUGGUGAGAAUGGUGAGGGAAUCGUCUCAGGCGCUGAGUGUAUUGAAAAGGGUCAAUUCUACGGAGAACAAGUUCUAAAGUGGGGGUUCAACAGCUCCUUCUCACCCAGACUAUCUGACCUCCCAAUCUCCACCAAAACUGUCAAAGCCCUUACAAAAGUUGAAGCCUUUGCUUUAACAGCCAAUAACUUGAAAAAUCUGGUUGUCAGGCAAUCCCAAGCAACUUCUGCUGCAAAAGGCUUUGCACAAGCAGUUCGCAGGCGCCUUAAUGAAAGGAAGAAUGAAAAUCCUCCCAAAAAGGCUUAAGCAGAACAAUACUGGCUGUCAUUGUUUGUGCUUCAAGACCAGCAGUGCCACACUUGUUCUGAAGGUCUUUGUGUCAAGUUUUUUUUUAGCAAAUACAAACAAAGGAAGGGCUAUAUAGGGAGAUCCUUCCCACAAUUGUGUUAAGUUGCUAGUUGUAUGGUGCAAUAUGCUGAUUAAAUUAAUUGCCACAUCAGCAUCCGGAUCAUGGUUUUUUUUUUCUUUUUUUUUUCUUCUAGUCAUCUUAAUUUGUACUUCCUUUUCGAGAUGUUUUUGUUUACACAAUAAAGUCUUUAUUAGUUCUUCAUAUU